AUGAAGAGCAUAGUCAGAGGGGCUAUGAGAAUUCCCGUGGUAGAAGAAGAGGACGGAACGAUAGAGGUAGAGGUCGAGCCUGGUCACUAUGCAACUGUUUGUCCUGAGAAAACAGAGAAGAAUCAAGAAACCAACCUAAACGAGACAGAAGAGGCUGAUGCACUCUAUGUACACGAGGUGGUGUUUUUGAACGAAGAUAAGGUGAUUCCAAAGAAUCUUGAUAUCGACAAAGGUAAUGCAGGUGUCUGUUUGGUGAUGGAUCGUGCGUCGACAUUUGUGUGCAAGACUGGAGAGAAGGGUGUGGUUACCUUUGUGUGCAAGACUGGAGAGAAGGGUGUGCUUACCUUUGUGUGCAAGACUGGAGAGAAGAAGACACUCAAAGACAUAGACUACAUACCCGACCUGAAGCACAAUAUAUUGUGUCUUGGGCAAGCAACAAAAAACGGAUGUGAGGUUAACAUGAAAGAUGUCUACUUAACGCUCAUAGAUUCACAUGGAAGGUUACUAGUUCGUGUGACAAGAUCUCCAAACCAUCUCUACAAGACCCCUAUGGAGAUAAGCUACCCGGAGUGUUUACAUGUCAGGGACAAAGAUGCUACAUGGAGGUGGCAUGCUCGACUAGGAUAUAUAAGCUAUGGAGUGAUGAACAACAUUGUAAGAAAGGAGAUGGUCGUAGGAAUAUCGUGCGUAACACACGAAGAAGGCGUGUGUGACGCAUGUCUAGCAGAGAAGCAUAUUAUACACUCGUUCUCGAGUGUAACACACGGAGAAGCCGUGUGUGACACAUGUCUCUCAUUCCCGAGUGUAACACACAGAGAAGCCGUGUGUGACACAUGUCUCGCAGGGAAGCAAAUCAGACACUCAUUCCCGACUAAGGCCAUGGUUCGUACAUCAAAGCCAUUGGGAUUAUUGAUUGGAGAUUUGUGUGGACGAAUCGCACCACCAACGCCAACAGAUAAUCGUGAGGCAUUCUAUAGGUUCAAAAGAUUUCACACCAAUAGAAGAGGCGAUUUUGCCCCAACUAAGUUCAAUCUAGGUUGCACAGAUAGAGGAGGAGAGGUUGCCUCAGCUAAGUUCAAUCUAGGAUGA